AUGGCAGCGCAAACAGAGCGCGGUGUCCCGCUGAGUACGCUUUGUCCCAAGUUUCUUCACACAAAUUCUACCAGCCACACCUGGCCCUUCAGCGCCAUAGCAGAGCUCAUAGACAAUGCCUUUGAUCCAGAUGUCAGUGCCAGACAGUUGUGGAUUGAUAAAACUGUGGUCGAAGGACAAGAAUGUCUGAGCUUUAUGGAUAACGGAAAUGGACUGGACCACAAAACAAUGCAUAAGAUGCUCAGCUUUGGGUACAGUGACAAGAGUGCUUUAAAUGGUAUCGAGCCAAUUGGUAUCUAUGGCAAUGGUUUCAAGUCUGGAUCUAUGCGUCUGGGCAAAGAUGCCAUCGUCUUCUCCAAGUCAAAGAGUUCCUCGUGCGUUGGGAUGCUCUCUCAGAGCUACCUGGAGGACAUUGGUGCUCAGCAAAUAAUUGUACCUAUUGUCUGCUUGGAACAGGGAGAAACAAACAAAUUCAGUGUAAGAGAGGAGCACAAAGCCAGUCUGCAGGACAUUUUGCACUACUCCCCCUUCAAGACACAGGAAGAACUGCUCAUUGAGGUUGAUGCCAUCAGUUCCUCAUCCACAGACCCACAGGAGACACCAACUGGCACACGGAUCAUCAUCUGGAAUCUCCGCAGCACAUCUACUGGAACGACAGAGUUUGAUUUUGAGACUGACCGCUAUGAUAUCCGAAUUCCAUCUGAUGUCUACGAGUCAAUGAAUGACCCAUCCCAACAUCCAGGGGUCACAUCAUACAUCCCUGAGAGUGUUUACUCACUGCGGGCAUAUUGCAGCAUUCUCUACCUGAAGCCUCGGAUGCAGGUCAUAAUACGUGGUCAAAAGGUGAAAUCUCAGCUCAUUGCUAAGAGUCUGGCCUACAUCAGAAAGGACCACUACAGGCCCACUUUCUUGCCCAAACGAGUUCCUAUCACUUUUGGUUAUAACACCAAAAGUAAAGACCAGUAUGGAGUAAUGAUGUAUCACAAGAAUCGGCUCAUCAAAGCCUAUGAACGUGUGGGCUGUCAGCUUAAGGCCAAUAACAAAGGUGUUGGGGUCAUUGGGGUCAUAGAGUGUAACUUUCUGGAUCCUACCCACAACAAACAGAGCUUUAUUGAGACAGAUAAGUACAGGAAAACUAUGAACAAUUUGGGAACCAAACUGGAGGAUUACUGGCAGGAAAUCCGCCACAAGAGAAACACGGAGCAUCCAAACAGCAUACCAGUGGAAGAUACCAUGAAGCGACCAGAUCAGAACUGGGUGCAGUGUGAUGAGUGUUUGAAAUGGCGCAAACUCCCUGAUGGGAUCGACUGCAGCAAGCUGCCAGAUAAAUGGUACUGCCAUAGGAACCCUGAUCCUCAGUUCAGGAACUGCCAGGUGGAGCAGGAGCCUGUGGACUCUGAUGAUGAGAUGCGACCUUCAUACCGCAAAACAUAUAAACUACAAGAGAGGAAAGACAAAAAGAAUCGAGAGACAAAAAGACAAAAGGAUGAGGAGGAUCGAAAGCGUCAGGAGGAGCAGUUCAGGGCUGAUCUCGCCAGAGAAAAACAGGCCCUUCAACGGCAGCAUGAAAACCUGACACGGAAGCUGCGUCAAUGCCCUGCCCAUUCCCCUUCCACCCCCACUACCCCAAAGAGUAGGUUUAACACUGAGUCACCAAAAGGGGGUGCUGCAUGGCCCGAAUCCCCCACCAUUUCACAGGCUGCUUGCAGCCCCUCCAGUAGCAGUGACCUCCCACUUAUUUCUAAUAUACGUUCACUGUCAACAGGCCCCCUGAGGAGGAAAAGAACACAACCUGCUACUCCACAAAGAACACCCAAAAGACCCAAAGUUAACGGCUUCCAUUUGGGCACCUCAGAUACAUCCACAUCAGUGGAUGUGAGCCCACUGAGCUCCCCAUCAGUGCCUGGUAUUGAUGAUGACGAUGAUGAUACUGAUGAUGACAUUUUCAUCUUGGAGACUGCCAGUACCCCUAAGCCACAAAAGCCUGGCUUUGAUUGUACUAAAGUGAAGGCAGAGCAAGAGCAAAGUGACAUGAGCAUGCCGUUGGAGCGCAGCGAAGAUGCUGCGCUGGAUGCCCCGUUGGAGACGAAUGUUGCAGGAGCAGGUUCUCCAGGGCGGGCGGAUGUGGGAACCAGUCCCUGCCCAGCACCCCCAACAAAGGUGGCCACUUGCACCACUCAGACAGAAGUACCCGUAGUGAAGAAGGAAGAGGAGGACCAGUAUCAAAUUGAAAGGGAAGAGAGAGCAGGGCAGAGUGGUAAAGAACAGACUUCAGAUGUGGACAUUAAUGUCUGUUCAGGGCAAAGAGUAAUUAAGCAAGAGAGCAGCGGAGACACUAGUGGUGAGAAUCAAGGCAAGCUGACAUUGCAGAAAGGAGUGACGUGUUAUCUCAAUUGCGAAGACGAUGCUCGACCUUCCUGUGCAGAUCCCUGUGACACAAGAGAUUCUCCACUUCACCACCCCAGUAUGACUGAGGCACAGGAACAGCAGGACCAGCUCCUAGAGCUCAUGCAGGCUACAGCCCAGGAGAGAGACUCCUUUAAAGAGCAGGUCAGUGAACUUACCAACCAGCUGCAAGACAUGCAGAGCAGACUGCAGGAGCUGUUGCAGAUCAAUGUAAAGAGGGAGUGUUCUCACCAGGCCAGCCAGACGGAGGAAACAGAGGAAGAGAAGGACUACAAAAGUCUGUUUGAGAAGGCCAAGCAGAAAGUCGAUGAAUUGAUUAAGGACAAAGAGGCUUUACUGGCAACCACUGAGACCAGGCCCAGUGUUGCCCAAAAUGAGGAAAAGGACAUUGAUGAGAUUGCACUACAGGUUGACAAUCUGCUGCGGGAACUAGAUCAAAGAAACAGGGAGAGGGAUGAACUGCACUCACAGUUGGACAGUCUGGAGGAGGAAAGGGCAAAAUUGACAUCCCAGUGUGAGGAGCUCAGGUCGAGCCUGCAGCAGCAGAGAGAAGAGGGAAGCACAUCUGCACACAGAGCCACUGAUUCGUCUGUGCAGUCAGAUCGACAGGCGGCGGGAGGGACAGCAGCUUCUGACACAAAUUCAAGCUCAGAUGCAUCCAGAAGUUUGAUCGAGCUUCGGCACAACAUCGGCCGCCUUCUCGUCUCCUACGUGCCUGCGCUGGACCUAUGCCAAGUGAAUUACGAGUGUAAUGUAAUCGAUGAGAUCCUAGAACAGGUUCUCUCCAAUAUGGAGUCUGUUGCAUCAGUGGGGCCCAGUGUUGGAGCAAUAAAUUGAUAAACAAAUCAUGUAUCGUGCAUCUACUGUAACUGCAGCAGCCCACCUGUAAAUAAUUAGCACAGAUACCUAUGAGUGUGAUACAUUAAGUCGUAUUUGUUUAAACUGUGUACAUGUUUACAGAUUUUAUAUUGAUAUACGUAAAUACAACACACAAUGGCCUACUUUAUUUAUCUUAACAGAUAACAGUUGGAGAAAAAAUGUGUAAACAAUAUAAUCACAGCAUACAUAAAUUAACGGUUCAUUAAUCAGUUGACUCGAGUCACAUUAUUGCCUUCUGCAAUCCAAACAAACAAAAAACAAUGCUGUCAGUGGUACUUUGAAAAGGUCUGGACUCCCAGUGAGUGUUGACUGUUUCCUGUUUGGUUUGUAUUGGAAAAUAUUAUGUAUUGAGCCUGUCAAAUAUAUUUUUAUAUUUCUCAACUUUACUCUGUGGUUAAAUGCUCUGUGGAUCGUUAUCCUUGUCAAUCCCUCUGAUAGAAAAAAUAUUGUAGAAGAUGGGGUCUGCAGUGAACCUUACAGUAUGUUGGGGUGAUACAAACUGAAACUUAACCGAAAGAGUUAUCAAGAACGUCCCUUCUAAGUCCUGAAACUGGUCGUACUUGCUUGAGCAAUGUUUAAUACAGUUUUACAUAAUACAGUUUUAAUACAAGUUUUUGGGUGUCUGUUGUGUUAAUCUUUAUGUUUUUGGGAAGGCAGAUUAAGAUCAAGCUCUUUUUUUUGCAAGACCAAACUGAGAACAAAUUACAUUUAUUCAAGAUCACAAGAAAACCAGCAGACACACUGAGGUCUCCUCAUCUUCAUCACAGUCCACUUGUAUAACUGAGGUGGUGUGCAAAAUGAGUAAAUGUAGGAAGUGUAUACAGUCACUGUGCAGCAAAGAUUUUUCACAUCUGGGCUGGACAUUAACCAUGGCCACCAAUUAUCCGCUGUAUGUGAACCCCUGUGGCCGCCAAGUUUUAGCAGGUCUCUGCUGACAAUGAGACUGCCUGUCUACAUAAAAGACCCCAUAAUGUAAGGCACAGUUCCACAAACAUCCCAAUUCAUUCUGUCCUUCGUUCAACAGUCUAUGAAAACAACAGUACUUUCUACAUGCUUGCUGCUGAUAUGUCGAGGCUACUGAAGUAUUAACUGAAGCAUCUAAACCUGCUCAAACAGUGGAACCGCAAUCAUAAAAGGCUUUGAAAGAACCAAGCAUAUUUUAGAAAAGAAGACUACAAAUACUGGUUGUAUUAUGGGUGUUCUACUGCUUUUUGUCAUGUUUUUAUUGCAGACAUGACAGGGCCACGCUUAAACUGUCAGUCUGUAGUCUGUUUAGCUUAGUGUGUCAUGCAUCUUCACAUUUGGCAAAUUCUCAUAAAGUUUCAUCUUCAUGAUUUCUCCUGUGUACAUUGAUCCUCAGGAGCUUUUUCAAGAAUGUGAUUUGAGAAAAACAACUGCUGCAAAUAUGACUCCACACUUCUGUGAAUUCUUGUGUGUGCUGACCAUGAACCAGUAGAACUGAUUUCGUUGACAUGCUCGAUGACGAGAAGGGAUUCUUGAUUCUUGAAAUGAAAUUACAAACCGUGUUUUACAGAUUUAGGUUGCAAUUAACACCAUUUUCACAACAUAAUUAAUUAUACAAUAUGAGUGAAAUUGAAAUUUUUUGGGGGGUUGCAACAAAUAUAAUAUAGCAAUCUAAUGUAUUUGAAUGCUUUAUUGCAUGUUUGUCUCUCUUCCUGUCAGCUCUCUAUUGUUUACAUUUUGACAAAUUCAUAACAUGCCCCAAAUAUCCUUCAAAUAAAAUAAUUAACA